AUGCCCACUUGUGCACAUCCUACUGCGCACCCUCGCCAUAAGCGAGGUGCAAUUCUGUCAUCAGUACCAGUAGGGAAAAGAAAAGUCACGGCUGAAAUAGCCUUAUCAAUCAACAAAUACAUUCGAAAACGUUAUGAAGGAAAAGUAUCUACACUCAAAGAAAACGAUUUGCUAUGUGAAACAUAUUAUGCUGCUGAACAACGGCGAUGGUCGAACAAAAAAUCUAUCAAAGAAGGUGCAUCGGAUGAAGAAUCAGACCCAAGUUUUCAAGCAACUGUGUCACCAUUACUGCUUUCUAUUCAUAAAAGAAGGCGAACAUGGUCUCCAACACCUAGUAGUUCAUUUGAUACUGAAGCGAUUGAUUAUUUACAUAAAACGCCAGUGGCAUUUUUCAAACCAUCUGCGAUUAAUUCUGUCCAUAACUUCUCAUCUACCGAUACUUCAUCAUCAUCUGAUGUCGAAACGAAAGAUAAUUUUCACGCUAAUUCAGAUAAAGAAAAGUUCAAUAGUUUAUUGAAAGUUUUAAAUGUAUCACCCGUGAAAGACAUUUCAUUAGCAAUAAUGUCUUUGGAAAAGAAAUCGUGGCCAGAACUUAUCGGUCUGGAUGGAACUGUAGCUGCUGAUCGAAUUAGAGACGAUGGUCUUAUACCUCAUAUUAUACCGGUCGAUAUGGAGAAUGUCACUGAUAUUGAACCACUACUUGAAUUACUCAGAAAUAAAGAUCCAAAAAUUGUUUGGAUUCAAGUUGAUUCCAAUAACAAAGUUGUAACCCUCGAAUUAAAUGAACAAAAGGAAGAUACAAACGACUAUGGGCGCCAUUCCAAUUUAAAUGCGUCCUGCUACAAAGCUAUAUUCGAUAAACAAUAUGAUCAAGCAAAGGCCAUUGCUGAUGAAAUGCUUCAAAUUAAGCCUGAAGAAUAUGAUUAUGGUGAUAUGAUGUUUAAAGGAAAUUUAUAUAAUGGAAUUGUUGCAUUAAGACGAGAUAAUAAUUUGGAAACUGCAAAACAAUUUUUACUAGCUGCUGGUCAUACGCCUGGAUCGGCUGUGCUUGGCAGUUUUGGUCCAAAUAUGAGUCUUGCCAAAGAUCUUCUCGAAUUAGGUGAACGACAAGUUGUUCUAAAAUAUUUUAAAUUAUGUAAAAAAUUUUGGAACUAUCGUUCAGAAAAGUUAGAUGAAUGGGAAACAUUAGUAAACCGAGGAGAAAUACCAGACUUUGGAGCUAAUAUGGACUAUUAA